AUGAUCCAGACAGUGGAUCAUCACAAAGUCUCUGAAACAAGAGAGCACAAGACCCCGCCUUGUUCGAUCUCUCGGAAGAAGAGGAAGACGAUCCAGAAGAGCCAGACGACCGCUUCGUGCCGAGGAACUGUCCCAGAUCCUGUAACGAGACGGAAGAUGGCGGAGAAGGGACUGGCGGCGGCAGAUCGGGGCUUAUCGGAAGAGAGGGAGGAGGACUCGUCGUCGGAGAUGACGCAAUCGACGCGAAACGACGACAUUCUCGACAUGAGGAACGAGGGAAUGGAACCUCUUGGAAACAACGCAGCAACGACCAAGGGCCUUGACAUCGCCGAUCUUGUUGAAAACGAGUAG